AUGAGUGUAGUUGCAGAUGAAAUCACACUGCCAGACAGCCGCUUUGGGUCCCUACAUCGCAUAUUCGAACAAUCGGUUGCACCGAACCCCGAUGACCAUCCUACCAAGCGGCGCAAGGUCAUCAAGUCUCACUCAAGAUGCUUGGUAAAAGAAAACGGCGAAUCUGCAACAGGGAUACCUCUAGGCUACAUUCCCUUGGCACGAUUAACAUUGCGCAUGAAAACACCAUCUUACAAUAUACUUAAGCAGGAGCAAUUAGAAGGUCUGAAACAAUGCCCCCUUCGGGUUCCUGUCGUCACGGAGGUCCGCAAUAUUCGCCGACUCGAUGACGAUGAAGACAAUGCGCCCCAACAAGACUCGCUUGGUCGUGAGGCUUGCAUUAUGGAACUCAAAAUAAAUGAUCUUGAUGGAAAGCAUUCAUUUGCACAUUCAUUCCAGGAUUCGCGGUUGUUUGAUUUGCUAGAGCAGUUUCGACACGCCAGCGGACUCGCCCACGCAAACAAAUACUCCAACGAUGCUCCGAUCGCCUGCUACCAGGCUUCCAUUUCUGUGUCGCCAGAUAGGGAUGUUUUUAUCCUCGAGACCGUUGUUCUAUGGAAGGAUUCACUCGAGGUCCCGGCCCUUUCCUACCUACAGGAUUCGGCUUUGGAGGCUUUUACAAGAUACGUGCUACAGGAGCCACCUGAUCACCCUUCAACUGCAUACGAGCGAGAUCAACGUCGCGAACGAAUGCUGGGUCUCCCGCAAAAGUGGUCUCCCCGAGAGUUUUACAACAGUGUCCACGUUCCUCAAGCCACAGAAGGUGCCUCAAACCUUGCAUGUCCUGAUAUAGAUUGUGACCUAUUUCCAUUUCAGAAGAGGGCACUUCGGUGGCUGUUGCAGAGAGAGGGUAUGGAAGUUCAACAAGAUGGCACAGUCGUUCCGAUGGAACGGGUCCGGAAAGGCGAGCUUCCGGUGUCUUUCGGGAAAAUGAAAGACGCCGACGGACGAAUAUACUAUUUCAGUCGCCUCUUCAUGAUCCUGACUACCGACGUCUCUGAAUGGUAUGAUGCUUCGGAUCUUUUGAAGGGCGGGAUACUUGCAGAGGAAAUGGGACUGGGCAAAACAGUUGAAAUGAUUGCUCUAAUAAAUCUUCACCGCCGAUUCUCAGGGCCGCAGCCGAAGGCUGACCCGGAUGGACUGAAGCCAUCUGGUGCGACUUUGAUUAUCACACCGCCGGCUAUUCUUGAGCAAUGGAAACAGGAGUUGGCGCAGCAUGCCCCUGCCCUCCGGGUUCACCAUUACACCGGCAUCAAACGUGGGAAAGAGGAAACAGAUGACAUGAUUGUUGAUGAGCUCGCCGAAUUCGACGUUGUCCUAACCACCUAUCACGUCAUCUCUCGAGAAAUUCACUACGCUGGUAUGGCACCGGAAAGAAAUCUCCGGCACAUAAAGCGAUUCGAGCCCAGGAAGACACCCCUGGUUCGCAUUUCAUGGUGGCGUGUAUGUUUAGAUGAAGCCCAGAUGAUUGAAAGCGGAGUCAGCAACGCAGCAAAAGUAGCACGGUUGAUUCCUCGGGAGAUCGCUUGGGCUGUGACCGGCACACCGCUACGCAGGGACAUAGAUGACCUGUUCGGUCUUCUUCUCUUUCUUCAUUAUGGGCCGUUUUGUUUCUCAAAUCCGUUAUGGAAGAGGUUGAUUUCACGAUUUGGGUCGGUCUUGGUCACCAUCAUCAACGCGAUCGCCCUUCGACACAGCAAGGAUCAAGUGCGCGACGAGCUUCGUCUUCCCCCUCAAAAACGCAUUGUCAUAACUACCCCGUUCACGGCCAUAGAAGAGCAGCACUACGGGCAGUUAUUUGAACAUAUGUGUGAGGACUGCGGGCUUGACGCCUCAGGGGCACCCAUUCGGGGGAAUUGGGAUCCUGAAGAUCCGGUUAUCAUCGAAAAAAUGCGUGUGUGGUUAACAAGACUACGCAAAACCUGUCUUCAUCCUGAAGUCUCGUCAGGCACUCGUCGAGCAUUAGGUGCGAAUAAUGGACCAUUACGGACUGUAGACGAGGUUCUGGAGGUCAUGAUCGAGGCCAAUGAGACGGCUAUUCGUGCGGAAGAACGCUCACUUCUUCUUUCUCAACUUCGACGAGGCCAGCUCUUGGAAAACGCAAAACGCCGCAUGGAGGCCCUCGUUUUAUGGCAAAAGGCAUUGGAUCAUGCAACCGAACUGGUCGAAAACAGCAGAGAACAACUGCGACAGCAGCGGCUGAAAAUCGAGAGUGCUACAGAUGGUAUAAAUGGAACCAUCUCGGCAAUGGAAAACUUGAACGGGGACGAGGCUGAAGAUGCUGACAACAACAGCCGCCUUGGUCAAUACAGGCUAAAGCUUCGAAAUGCGCUUGAGGUUCAGCACAUCGCAGUGUUCUUCACAGCAAAUGCAUUCUACCAGAUUAAAAGUGAUCCAAAUUUAACCCAGCCAGACUCUGAAGAAUUCAAAUCACUCGAAAAACGCGAAGAAGAUGGCUACGAGGCGGCCAAAAUGAUUCGCAAGGAGAUGUUGACAGAUAUUUCCCGAAAAGUUGAGCGCUACAUGAAAACAAUCAAGGAGAAGACACGAAACAAGCAAUUCGUGAACAUUCCAAAGAUGAAGCCUUACCUCUAUAGCGAGGGUCUUGAGUCUUAUCAACUGCUCAGAAAUUUUGAAGACCUAUGUGCAGCACUCAACAGACAUGCUGAGCAGUAUAAUGAAUGGCGCGCUGUCAUGAUUAAACUGGUCUCGCAAUCGCUCAUCGACCAGGAAGAAGAUGCAGAGCUGGAGGGCAAUGAGUAUGAGCGAUCUACAAAACAUCAAGAUGAGAUGUAUGUCUACAUGGAGGCUUUGCGCUCAAUGUACGCCGAUCGUUACGAUGCCCUCACUGGUCAAAAGAAUGUUCUCAUUUCCCACGAGGUCAAAGCUGGCAUUAUCCAGGCUCAACGAGGCGAAGGACCCUCUCCACAGCUCUUCCUCAAGAUUAUGGACACUCGCAGUGAGCUCAUGCCAGAUCCUCAGCUUGGGUCACUCCGCCGUAUUGUCAGUGAACUUCGCAGCCUUCUGACGUCGUUGGACUGGCAAGCUAGCUCUGGGAGCUCGCGUGCCCGUGCUGAGCAUGAGAUAGUCGACUUGGUUUUGAAAAAUGCCGGUCAAAUGAUCUCGGAGCAACUCAAGGUAUCAUCCAAUCUAGAAAAAGAAGUCGAAAUGUUCCGUGAUACCAUGAACAAUCGGCUCGAGUACUAUCGCCACCUGCAGCAGAUUUCGGAUACAGUGGCUCCGUACGACGAGGAAAGUGCGGGCAAGCCACUGGAUGAAGACCUUUUUAAUUCGAAACUCAAGCAGGAGGAAAUUCUUGAAGGGAAAAUCUCUUCGCUCAAGUCUAAAGGUAGAUACCUCAUCCACCUGAGGGAUGAUUCCAGCGCCGAGAAUACCUCGAGGAUCUGCAUUAUCUGCCAAUCGACUUUUGAAGUUGGUGUACUGACCGUUUGUGGUCACAAGUAUUGCAGUGAUUGUAUUCGCAUGUGGUGGCGUUCCCACAAGAGCUGCCCAAUGUGCAAGAAGACCCUGAAGCUCAAGGAUUUUCAUCAGAUCACAUACAAGCCACAGGAAUUGGUGGCCCAGGAAGAGGAAUCGUCUGUCAAAGUGGGCCAUGAACGGCAUGCUCAAAACGCAAUCUAUAGCGAUAUCAGCUCCGGACUUCUUAGAGAGAUCAAGAAUAUCGACUUGGACGACUCUUUCGGAACGAAGAUUGACACCUUGGCUCGUCACAUCCUGUGGUUGCGGGAACAUGACCCCGGGGCAAAGUCGAUUGUCUUUUCUCAGUACAAGAGCUUUCUGACGGUGCUACAGGCGGCAUUCUAUCGCUUCAAGAUUGUUAGUAGUAGCAUUGACAGGCCGGAUGGUAUAGAAAGUUUCAAGAGGGAUCCAGCGAUUGAGUGCUUCUUGUUGCAUGGAAAAGCCCAAUCAUCUGGGUUGACUUUGAUCAAUGCAACCCACGUCUUUCUCUGUGAACCGCUUAUUAAUACGGCAAUAGAACUACAGGCCAUCGCUCGAGUACAUCGUAUUGGCCAGCACCGGCCAACGACGGUGUGGAUGUACCUUGUCUCUGGGACUGUGGAAGAAUCCAUCUAUCAACUUUCUGUCACUCGACGACUGGCUCACAUCAUUGAGAAAGAGAAGCACGAAAAAACAGGUUACUCAGCGGGCGCUCCCAAUGAAUAUGGUCCUCUCAUCAAAGAUCUUACUGAGACAGUCAUUGACUCGGCCAACUCGAUGGAAAUGCAGGAGGCCAGCCUCACAAACCUGAUGACAAGCGGGCCGUCGGAUGGAGAGUUGGUGAAGCAGGAUGACCUUUGGCAAUGUCUCUUUGGUGGCACGGUCCAUAAAGAUAGCAAUGAUCCAUCCAUGGAGGCAGAGAGGGAAGUAGGCCGGUUCUUGAGGGGCGAGGCUUCUGAGCGCAGAAGGGAUGAAGAAACGAGUUACGUAUGA